GCAGAUUUUGAUUUCAUUUUUUUAAUUUGAUCGAUCUUCGUGACCCGGAAAUUGUCAUCUGUGCUUUGGUUUUUGCCGGCGGGAAAGAGAGCGGGUCCCCAUGGCUGCAUUGGAGCAACACGCUCAGGUCAUCAUUGAAUUGUUUGAGGCUGGCAGGACCUAUUUAGAAAUCUCAAACGCUCUGCAGCAGAUGGGGAUAAAAAGAUGCUCUGGAAUGAGUGUCAGAAGAUUCUGUGCCCAGCGUGGACUAAAACGGAAAUGUCACGUAUCGGACACAGAGCUGGAGAGGGUGGUGCAUGGCGCAAUAUAUGAAACAGGACCAUCGUACGGCCGUAAGUUUAUGACCGGAUACCUGUGCUCUAUGGGAGUGCGGGUAGGAGAGGGCAGAGUUGGAAAGGUCCUGAGAGACAUUCAUCAGCCGUACCAUGAUUUCCGACGGCAGGGUGCUCGUAAUCUCAAUCCUGUCCCCUAUCAUGCGGAGUGUAUGGGCCAUAAAUUGCAUCUGGACCAGAAUGAGAAGCUGGGGAUGUUUGGAGCCACACACGUUGUUGCUGUUGAUGGCUUCAGCAGCAACAUAGUUGCCAGUGCAACCAUGCCUGUGAAGAAUAACCUCGUGAUUUAUGAGGAAGUGUACAGACCUGCUGUGGUCACCCAUGGGAUGUGGGACCAGCUUAGAGUUGACCAUGGCAGGGAAUUCUACAUGUGCCUGUACGUGCAAGAGAAGCUUGCCGGACACAGACACAACCUUGAAAGACCACCAUACUUACAAACAACAUCAACAAGGAACCUUCGAGUGGAAAGGAUUUGGCCAGAGGUGAACAACCGUGUGAACUACCCUUUAAAGCAGGCCUUGGUACAGCUGUUGGACCAAGAAGUUAUCAACAUGGAGGACAACCUCACAAAAUUCUGUGUCUCCAACCUGACUUGUCAGUUGGGUGAGAUUGGACUUGACAGAGUGGUACAAUCCUGGAAUGCACACAGGAUCCCAGGGCGUGGGAUACCUAAUGAACUUGCAGCUGGAGGCUGUACAGCUAAAGUUCCUGAAGAGUGGCUGCCCAGUGCCUCGGUUGUAGCCAACCUGUAUGAGCAAGAGCUGGGAUCCAGGCUGACUUGGGUAUCAGUUUUUGGAGCAGAUCCCUUCACAUCUGAGGAGGACAGAUGUCAUGCAGAGCAGGACUUCACAUCAAACUACCCAGACAUCUCCAUUCUCCUGAAUCAUGCAGUGAACAAUAACACUAAUCCCUUCCAAGAUGCCUUACUGUACCUCAUUGAUGUAACCCGGAGAUAUGUCUAAAAACACUUCAGAGCUGGCAAAUUGAGUGCUCCUUUGGUGUUUGUGUUGUAUGGAUGCAAAAACCUGUGUUUAUAC